CUGAAUGGCCGAACUAUAGUGAUUUUGUCUAUGGAAUAACAUUGUUUUUUAAUUGAGUGACUUUUGAACGGAACAUUUUUAAAAGGAAAAACAAAAUCAAAUCAACGAAAGGAAAGCAACGAACUAUGAAUUUGCUUCGGAUAAUGACAGAAAAAUGAGUGGAGAUGACACUUCAAACAUAACACAGACGCUGACGAAUUUAUUUGAAGAGAUGUUACUUGAAACAGAGAUGACUGGUGAGAACAGAACUAAUGUGGACUUCUCCCAGUUUCUAUCAGCUUUGAGGGAGCAGACGACCAAGAACAGUUCCCAUGAGUCUCUGGAGUUCGGAGCUCUGGUGAAGCUGGUGGAUGGUUGGAGGACCCGGCUUAACCUGACGAGAACUAGUGAACCGGCUUGCACCUACUGUGAGGGGAACUUCAGAGAUGUGAUCUUGGCUUAUAACAGUAUACAUGGAUAUUUGAGCCUCAUUGUAUGUUUCUUCGGCAGCCUAGCGAAUGCCUUGAACGUGGCAGUGCUGACGAGACGAGACCUAGCCGCAGCCCCUAUCAACCGUCUGCUGAAGUGGCUGGCAGUGGCUGAUGUAUUCGUCAUGCUGGAGUACGUGCCCUUCGCUAUAUAUAAGUACCUGAUAUUACCUGGGCAGCGUGAGAUGCCGUACAAAUGGGCAGCCUACCUACUGUUCCACAUGCACUUCGCUCAGAUCUUCCACACGGCAUCAAUAUGUCUCACGCUGUCACUCGCUGUUUGGAGAUAUGUCGCUAUCAAAUACUCGGACAAAAACCACAUCUUAUGUACAGAAAGGCGAUGUAGCACGGCAAUACUCAGCAGCUUUAUAUUACCGCCUAUAUUGUGCAUACCCACAUACAUGGUAUUCGACAUCCACACGGCCAUUGUACUAGAGCCAUCAGGACUCAUGAUACUCUAUCACGUAGACUCUGACGAAGAAGGCCAGCUGUACCAAAUCAACUUCUGGGUCCACGCGGUCGUCAUCAAGCUGUUACCCUGCCUCAUACUAACAGUCAUCAGCUUAUGGCUGAUACGAGAAGUCUACAGCGCAAAUCAACACCAGAAGAAAAUACGAGUUUACAACAAAUGUCCUACAAAUAAUAAAGCAGUGAAAAGACAGUACAAAGCUGACAGAAGAACGAAUAGAACUACAAAGAUGUUAGUAGCAGUUCUAUUACUGUUCUUAGUAACAGAACUCCCUCAAGGGAUUUUGGGUCUUCUCAGUGGGUUAUUGGGAAGGUGCUUCUUCAAGCGCUGCUAUGAUCUAUUUGGGGAACUUAUGGAUGCUUUAGCGCUGUUGAAUGGAGCCAUCAACUUCGUGCUGUACUGCUCUAUGUCGAGGCAGUUCCGAAUGACCUUCGGGCAGAUGAUGUGGCGAGCGCACCUGCACCGGUGGCCCCCACCAACUGGAUCGCAAUCUGACGGACAGAACACGGCGAAAUCGUCGGUACCCUGAGGAAGGCUUGUACAAGAGAAACAUGCAAAUGUGUUACAACAUUUUUUGUAAAUAAAAGUAUUAAAAUACGGCCAUAAUUAAUAUCGAAUUUUAUUAGUAAGCAAAGAAUUUUUAAUUCGGCUUUUAGUGUAAUUUGUAUAAAUGAGAAUUGAACUUUUCCAGGGCUGUAUUUUGGAUCUUUGAAAAGUUGCAUCAUCCAGUCUUGUCGAUUGAUAG